GAGACGAAAUUGAUUCUUCUUACAGCUGUGACAAGAUUUUUGAUACUCGGAUCAAUACGUACAAAUAAUUGAAUAUUAUCCUUUAACAUUGUCGUAUAACACGGAUAUUACACGGUCUUUGUUGUUGUUGUGCACACGUGUAAUAUAUUUAGUCAUGUCUGUUUAAAGAAAUCAGAUUUGGAAAUAUAAAAGCAGAGUUUAUCAAUUUUUCAGUAGCAUUUUUAAAUGUCUGAUAAACUUCGCUAAUCUUUUUAUUCUGCUGUGAAUUAACUUUACAAUAUCUUCACGAUUUCGCGAAAUAAAAACAAAACUAAAAAUGAGAAGUAACGAAGCAGCGUUCACAUUUGUGUUUGUUAUGUCAUUAUUUAAUGUAAUAGUUUGUAAGACAAGUUUUGUGAAGGAUCAGAGAACAGAUUUUGUGUUUCCACCUGUAGAUCAACAAAUAAUAGCCGGUAUUCCAGAGGGUCAUCUAAGACCUCUAGGUUGGCAAAAGAAACCGGACGGUAAGGUACGGGAGGAGAAAGAUCCUAUCACAUCCCAAACGUUCCAUUUAAGAUAUGUAAAGAACAGUAGACCUGUGGUACUGAGAGGGUUGAUGAAGUAUGCCUCUGUAGCUGAGAAAUGGGAGGAGGAUUCUUAUCUUAAACAAAAAUAUGGUAAAUUAAAUGUUACUAUCGCUGUGAAGAAAGAAGUCUUCAACUCGGAGCCGAAAAGAAAUAAACGCAAGAUGUUGUUCAAAAAAUUUCUACUGGACUAUAUGUACGAAAACUGGUACCUCUCCUCUACAGUCCAUGAAGACAUGAUGGCUGAACUUCCGCUUCCGGAUAUUUUGUCAUGCGGGUCCUACAAAGAGCGACUGACGGAGGCUGAGUUAUGGAUGAGUUCUGGUGGAACUUCAUCUCUUCUACAUUCACAUGGAGAUCACAACCUUCACUGUGCACUAGACGGGAGAAAGGACUUCAUCCUAAUUGAUCCAAAAUUCAAAGAUGUCUUUAAGUUUCAAGAAACCUACCCUAAUUCCGGAUCUGGCCAUUCUCCAAUGGACAUGGAAAUGAUAAACGCAUUUAAACACCCGGGGAUCAGUCAAACACCGUGGAUCUGGUCAACAUUAUGGCAC